ACAAGUUAGCAGCGUGUCUGCUGCAGCAACGCCGACAAACUCCGACGGCGGGCUGGACCUGUAACGGCCACAAAAAGGACCGGAAAGCAGGAGAAACUUGAAGCUGCACGUCCACGGCGCCUUUGGGGUGGGUGGGGUGUAGUGGGGUCUUAUCUCCGUGAAGUGGACGACGGGACGUCGCGGGGAGUCAGAAGCCACGUUCACGUCUGCAGAACUUCAUCAUUCUCCUCAUCUUCCCUUGGAAUGCCGGGCGCCGGAGGUCACCAUGGAAACGCCGACCCCGCCCAACCAGUCCACGGUUUUCAUCUCCAUCUUCAAUGAGAGCUGCCGCUUUGACGAGGAGUUCAAGUACGUUCUCCUCCCCGUCUCCUACAGCCUGGUGUUGGUGCUUGGCCUCCUCCUCAACGCCAGCGCCUUGUGGACCUUCGCCAAGAUGCGUCCGUGGAACCCCAGCGUGGUCUUCAUGUUCCACCUGGCCCUCACGGACUUCCUGUACGUGCUGUCCCUGCCCACGCUCAUCUACUACUACGCCAACCGCAGCCACUGGCCCUUCGGCGUGGCGGCGUGCAAGAUGGUGCGCUUCCUGUUCUACGCCAACCUCUACUGCAGCAUCCUCCUGCUCACCUGCAUCAGCGUGCACCGCUACCUGGGCGUCUGCCACCCCAUCAAGGCGCUCACCGCCGUCAAGCCGCGCCACGCCCAGAUGGUGUGCGGCGGCGUGUGGACCGUGGUGGGCGUCUGCCUGGUGCCCAACCUGGUCUUCGUCACCACCUCCAGGCGGGGCAACGACACGCUCUGCCACGACACCACCAGCCAGGACGCCUUCGAGGCGUACGUGGACUACAGCUCCGCCGUCAUGGCGCUGCUCUUCGGCGUCCCCUUCCUCGUCAUCGUGGCGUGCUACUGCCUGAUGGCGCGGGCCUUGUGCCGACCCAGACGGGGAUUGGCGACGAGCCUGGCGGGCGCCGGCUCACGCCAGAAAUCCAUCAGGCUCAUCGUAGUGGUCUUGGUGGUCUUCGCCGUCAGCUUUGUCCCGUUCCACAUCACCCGCACCCUCUACUACGCCGCCCGGGUUCUGGACCUGGACUGCCAUGUCCUCAACAUCGUCAACUUCACCUACAAGAUCACACGGCCGCUCGCCAGCGUCAACAGCUGCAUUGACCCCGUUUUGUACUUCCUGGCCGGCGACCGCUACCGCUCCAAGCUGAUUUAUGCUCUAACGGGAAGACGCCGGCCCCCCAGGAGCCACGUGCCCACCGAGGUGCCGCCCAACAGGAACCCCAGCCUCGCUCUGGUCUGCAAGAACCUUCACAGCGGCCGCCCCACCAUCAGGAAUCAGGAACCUCCCGUUGAACACCGUGGCACCGUGUGACCUUCACGGUCCUCCAAUGUCAGACCAGGGGUGUCCGCAGGGCAGCUCUUUGAAUGCUAGGAGCACGUUGGAAAAACACCAGAGGUGCACGAUAAUUGAGGGGAUUAUGACAUCAUUCAACAAAACGCUCCAGUGAGGCGAGAUUACCAUCCCGUGCAAAUCAAGCGCUCUUUUUUUCCCCUCCUUCCACUGACGUUACCUUCCCCUCACCUCACUGGUAACCAACAUGCGCCUUUAGAGCACAAAGAACCUCAUCGGCCUCCUGGAACGCAGCACUGCAGCAUUUGAAAAGUGCACAAGCUCUCCCAGAGACCUCCGUGGCGGCACAAGGGCCGCUCGGAGUGUGUGCCCGAAUACAGUGCACCUUGCUGGGCCACAGCAGGCGGCUCCUCCCCCUCUAUACUCUGGUUCUCCUGGUGGUAGUCAUGUCAUGAUGUUUGAUUAGGACUUAUCAGCAGGUACGCUUGGUCACAUGCUCGUUUCUUCCAGUCCUUCUUUCCUCCAGGUGUGCGCAGGUAAAUGGGAAUUUAGAAGAAGUACAUAUAAGAUAGUUAUGGUAUGGCUUUGGAAAAUAAGAUAUUGUACAUCUGUAAACGAUGUAAACAAGACUGGCAUCACACCAUUACCAAGCAGGAUGAGGACCACUCUUAGCUUAGCAUGCUUAUAUCAUCUCCAGAUAUCACAUUAGUUUUGAUGAAGGAUGACUGUUUUGGGGUCAAUAUGAUAUUAAAUAAAUAACU